AUGCCCGUUCUUUCCGAGCAGUACCGCGCUCCGCAGGCCGGCUACCUCUUCAAGCUCAAGGAGAAGGGCGGCGGUUGGAAGAAGAUCUACGCCGUCCUGCGAGGCUGCGAGCUCUGCUACUACGAGAGCCCUUCGGAUGCGCAGCGAAAGCUCCUCAUGCGCGAUGGCGCCAAGACGGUGCUGUCUGCGGCGGAGUCCGACCCGCCUGCCCGUGCCCGGCCUCCUGUGCACGACCCGUGGUACUUUACCAUCCAGACAACGACCGCAAGAAAGACCUACUGCGUCCGCACCUCCCGCGACCGAGAGAAGUGGCUGGGCGCCAUCUCGACGGCCGCCCUUCGUGGACAAGCCUCGGCACCGCGGGCGGCUCCCGUCGGCGCGGCAUCCUCGACGUGGGCCGCCAUCGGCGACACGGCGUCUUCGACUCGGAACGUCAUCAGUGGCCUGUUUGGCGGCGGCAAGAGCAGCAGAAACUCAAAGGGCCACGGCGCGGCGGAGGAGGCCAUCCGGGCGGAGCAAGCAAUCGAUGCGGCAUUCGAGGCGGUGGACGACGAGGCGGUCAGCAGCGCCUUCACCGUGCUCCUUUCGGGGCUAUCGCUUCCCGCCGCACGGCUGGGAGAGAUGGAGGCGUGGCCGGCGAGCAAGAAGCGAGAGUGUCUGUCAACGGCAGCUAACGCAUCGAGCCUCCGCCCUCGCGACCUUGUCGCCCGGCUUCGCAGCGAAGAGGCGAGCUCGCUCGAGGCUGUGCAGGAGUGCCUCGCCAGGCUGGCCGGCUCGGGCGAGUGGUCGGCCGAGUUCGUGGCCUGUGGAGGACUCGACGCCCUCUCCGCGCUCCUUCGCUCCCUUUGCUCGCGCGCAGAGCGGCCUGAGGCGGACUGGGCCACGCUCGACGUGGCCAUCCGGUGCGUUGCCGUGCUGGCGGAUGCCGAGGUCGGACUCGCCGCGGUUGCCUCCCACCCUGCGGUCUGCUCCUCUUUUGCCGGUGGCGGCGGCUCCUUGCUGCUCUGCGAUGCUCCGGGUCGCGAGCCGCUGCUGCGGGCUGCGAGCGAGGUGCUCUGCGCGGUGGCGCUCUACUCGGAGGCGGGAGCGAGGAGCGUCCUUUCCGCGCUCGAGCAGCUCGCCCUUCUGCACGGCUGUUCCGACACCGACGCAGCGGGCGCGCGCUUCCAGCCGAUUGUCGAGGCAUUGGCGCCGCCCCGGCGGCUCGCGCAACGUUGGCUGCUGCAGCUGCUCAACGCCCUCGUGUCGGGCCGCGCGUCCAUCAGCGACCGCGUUGAGCUGCGCGGCGAGCUCGCGGCCGCGGGCUUCCUCGAGGCGUCGCGCCGGCUCCUCUCUGGCCGCGGCGACGAGCUCGACACGCAAGUCCGAAUCUUCGACCGAGAGAUGGCUGAGGACUCCACCGAGCUACAGACAGCGGGCGACCAAGGCUGCAGCCGCGACGCACCGGCUCCGGCGCGGCCGCCACCGCCGCCGCGAGGGAAGCCGCCGCCACCGCGAGGGAAGCCGCCGCCACCGCCGGGUGGCCCUCCUCCCAAGCCCUCGCCACAAGCGCGGCCUUCACCGCCAUCGCAGCCGCCGCCCGCCGUCGCACAGCCGCCAGCGCCGCCGCCGCCCUCGCGCGGCACGCAGGAAGACGCAUCGGCGGACGAGACCGCGGCUGCGCACUCCGAGGCGGUGCGAGCGCUUGAGGCCGAGGUGGAGCGCUGGCGCCGCGAGGCCGCAAAGGCAAAAGAGCAGGCUGCCGCAGCGCAAGGCGCGGCGGAAGCGGCAGAGGCGAAGGAGGCUGCGGCCAGGAGCGAGGCGGCAGAGUCCCUGGAGAAGGCUCGCGCCGUGCAGGCCGCCGCGGAAGCGGCAGCGGCGUCAGAGAAGGUGGUCCGAGGCGCCGCCGCCGCCUCCGGAGAGGCGACCGGCGAUGCGAGCGAUGCGGGCGAGGCCCUCGGAGAGAGCCUCAAGGAGAGGGACGCGUCGAUCGCUCAGCUGAGGGAGGCCCUCGCUCGGGCCGAGGCCGAGCUCGAAGCGCUCAAGAAGACGCCGCCGCCGCCUGCCGCGCCGCCACCGGCCACGCCACCUCCUCUCGCGCCACCGCCCCUCGCUCCUCCGCCGCCGCUCGCACCGCCGCCUCUGGCGCCACCGCCCCUCGCUCCGCCGCCGCUCGCACCGCCGCCUCUGGCGCCACCGCCGCUCGCUCCGCCGCCGCUCGCUCCGCCGCCUCUGGCGCCACCGCCGCUCGCUCCGCCGCCGCUCGCUCCGCCGCCCCUCGCUCCGCCGCCCCUCGGCGGCGCCCCCUUGCCGCCGCCGAUCGCCGGUGGCGCCCCUCCUCCUCCUCCUGCCCCUCCGCCGCCGUCGACUCCGGGCGCCCCCCCUCCGCCACCCGUGCCUCCGAGCCUGGCGCGGCCGCUCGUCCCGCCAAAGGCGAAGCGGACCCCCGCCCUCCCCCUGAAGCCUCUCCACUGGUCCAAGAUCCCCGACGCGCGGCUGGCCGGCACGGCGGACCUCGACCCGGCGGAGGUGGAAGAGGUCUUUGGGAUCGCGCCUCCCGCCGCGGCCAAGAAGGAGAGCAAGGGCGCGCCGGCGGCGGCCAAGGGCAAGGCCGAGAAGAACAUCGCGCUCAUCGACGUCAAGCGCUCCAACAACGUCGCCAUCGCCAUGGCGAGGCUCCGGCUGCCGGACGGCGAGAUCAAGGCGCGCGUGUGCGACGGGCCGCCGCUCUCGCUGGAGCAGGUGUCGGCGCUCCUGUCGGCGAUGCCCACCGCGGAGGAGCUCGAGACGGUGCGCGAGUUCUCGGGGGAGCGCGAGUCGCUCGGCCGCGUCGAGCAGCUCUUUCUCUGCCUCGGCGAGGCGACGCUCACGCUCGGUCCCGCGGUCGCGGCGAUGGGGGAGGAGGUUGCGAUGCUCGCCGAGGCCAUCGAGCAGGUCUUCUCAUCGCAGGGCCUCCGCUCCUUCCUGCAGCGAGUGCUCUGCGUCGGAAACUACCUCAACGGCCAGUCGGCGCGCGGCGGCGCCUACGGCUUCAAGCUCGCCGACCUGGCCAAGCUGGUGCAGGUCAAGUCCGCCGACUCGCAGACGACGCUGCUGCACUACCUCUGCCGCCGCCUCGAGAAGGCGCCCGCCGCCGAGUCGGUGGCCGCGCUCGACGAGCAGCUCUCCCAGCUGGAGGGCGCCAAGGACGCCGACCUUGGAGAGAUGCGCGCCGAGCUGGCCAAGCUGGGCGCCGCCAUGCGCACGGCGCUCGCCGCCUGGCUGGGCGAGAAGCCCGCGUCGAGCCCGGCAGAGCUGCUCGGCCCGAUUGCCGGAGUGGUGCGCGCUCUCAAGGCGGCCCACGCAGACAACGCGCGCGACGACGGCGAGAGGGCCCGCAAGCAGCGCAUGGCCAAAGGCGCCGGCGCGGCCCCGGCCGCUCGCCCGAGCGGUCCGCCCGCUCCUCCCGCGGGGGGCACGCAGGCGAAUGUGAUGCUGGAGAUGCAGCUGCGGAUGGCGAGGCGCGCGGAGGCGGCGGCGCAGCAGGAGGGCGUCGGGGGCAAGGCGGCGCCGGCACCCGCCCCAGCGGCGACGCGCGCCACGCGGCCGUCCUUUAGCGCCCAGCUCGCGAGCGACGCGGCCUCGGGCGCCCUGUUCCAGCGCCGGCGGGUCCUGCAUACCAGCGCGUUGUAG